UGUAGCUCCCUUCUUACAGUGCUUUAGAAUGGCUGACCCUGAGAAGAUUGAGAAGUAUGAACACCUCUUGAACAAUGUCUUGAGAGAAAAUUUGAGAAUUGUCUUAGAAGAAAGGGACAAGGUGUAUGAAGACAUUGCAGCACAUUCCCAGCUGAAGCAGACAAUCACUUGUAUCAUAGAGUCACCAGACCAGGAGGGAUUACGCACCAAGGUUGACCUUGGCUCAAACUUUUAUGUUCAGGCUCAUGUGCCGGACACAUCCCGCAUAUAUGUGAAUGUUGGACUGGGUUUCUUUGUGGAAUUGACACUCCAAGAAGCACUUAGCUUCAUUGAUAAGAAACUUGAACUUUUAAAUGUGAAGUUGAGUGAGUCUACCAAAAAAUCUGCCAAAAUUAAAGGGCAGAUCAAGUUUGUGUUUGAGGGCAUCAGGGAGCUCCAACAGUUCAAUGAAAGGAAUGCUGCUCCUAUGGAUACCAAAAAGAUAGAGGUAGUUUAUGGAUAUAACAUUAAAUUUUCUCAAAUUUGGCUUAGAUCAGUUGCUUUGAGUCUGAUUCUGUGGUUAGCUCCAUAUCUCUUUGGGAAAUACACAGACACCUCAUUCCCCUAUAUUGCCAAAGAUGAUGUCAUGCAGGAAUUAGUGGGUAGUGUUGGGCCUUUAGAGAAUGGGUUGCAGUGGUGUCCUGUGGUGUCUCCUCACUUACAAGGGCAGAAUAGCCUAUUGAGCUGUGAUGUGGAGGUGCUGCCAGAGGAAGAAAUUGUGAAAAAAAAUGACAUUCUUGAGGGUGGAUCAUGGAAACCUCAGGAGUGCCAGUCCAGGUAUAAGGUAGCAAUCAUAGUUCCUUUCCGCAACAGAAGCAGAAAUCUUCAACAGUUCCUGUCACAUAUGCAUCCCUUCCUCACUAGACAGCAGCUGGACUACAGGAUUGUUGUUGUGGAACAGACUGCCACCGCAGCUUUCAAUCGAGCCAAGCUGUUCAACAUUGGCUUUGUGGAGACUCUCAAGCUGGACCAUUAUGACUGCUUCAUCUUCCAUGAUGUCGACCUCCUUCCUUUGAAUGACUACAACACUUACAGCUGCACACACCACCCCAGGCACAUGUACUCUGCUUUAGACACCUUCAGGUACAAUCUUCCUUACCGCACCCUCUUUGGUGGGGCCAUAGCCAUGCAGCGAGUCCACUUCCAGAAAAUAAAUGGAUUCAGCAAUAAAUUCUAUGGAUGGGGAGCUGAAGAUGAUGAUAUGUAUGAGCGGAUCAGCAACGUGGGGCUGAUGUUUAUUCGCUUUGAUCCCCGCAUAUCAACAUAUGUUAUGGUGCCUCACCAAUCGGGCAGGUACCAGCACAGUGAUCACCAGCACAAUCCUCAGCUCCAGGCACAGGCUGGGGAGAAGACUUCUACAGAGCCUGAUGGAUUGUCUAGUCUUUCCUAUCAGGUGGUUGAUCAUCAGGUGAAAAAGCUCUUCACUUGGUUUCUUGUGUCUUGUUGAUGAACUGCUAUUCUUGGAUAUAUGUUAAGGAGUUUACUUGUGAUGAAGUGUGUAUAAUGGAAUAUCUUCUUAAGAUUAUUUCUGUUAUUUUUUUAUGCCUCGUUUUUAAUACCAAAUAAUGCAAUGAAUAUUCAAUUGUGCAGUGUAAUAUGGGGCAAGCUACAUUUUCAGUGGUUGUACACUAGCAGAUUUCAAAAUCUCUGUAGUUUGUAGUUAACAUUUUUAUUUCCUCUACAUAACACUUCAGACAGUUACUUUUGCACUAUGACAAGUUAUAUUGUAGUUGUAACUGUGUGGCGUAACCAAAAUUGCACUGGUUGUACCUGUUCACUGUACUUCUGUGAUUCUAAAUAUCAUAACAUUACAUGAAUGACUGCUUGUGUAAUUCCUUCUGUGAUUUGUCGUCUUUGAAGAAAUCAGGAAGAUUUUAAGGUUGUAAGGGAAAGAAUUUAAUAAUGCAACAUUGUCAGCUGUUAUUAGGAUUAAGAAAAAAGGAGAAAGGAUUUAAUAUAGCACUAAAAAAUUUUUAUAAGGAUUAUUAUAGUUAAGUUGAAAGAAGUAGUAAAAAUUGGCAGAAUGAGAAUGAAAGUUUCAUAAAUAUGAAGAAAAGGGCAAGUGUAUAAGGAAGGUCAUGUUGGAAUUUGGUUGCAGUCUUAUCUACCUAAGUGUUCAUUAUGUAAGUAUGUGCAAGUUCGUGACAAUUUGUUUUAUGAUUGUGCUAUCCUAGCAGCUACCUGGUGCUUGUAAUGGAAAGAAAAGAUUUUUCCUUUUUAUCAAGAUACAUAGUUCUUCAUGAGUACAAUUCAGUGAUUGCUGUCUUCAUGUUCCUUAUCAUCAUUCACCCUUCAUUUAACAUCUUUGUUUUCUCUUAACAGGUUGGACAGCUGAAAUCAUGAUACAGUUGUUCCAGUGUUGUAUUGUCUUCUUCAGUAUUUAGUUUUAUUAGGUUCCAUUAUUGUGAGAUACUUGAGAUUAAAAAGAUGACAACAGCAAAUGAUUGACUGACUGAAUGAUCUACUAACUGAAUGAGUGUGUGUGAAGCAGUAGCAACGAAGAUCAUAUGGCACCAUAGGAAGCACUGAAAGUUGAUUCUGAAAAUAAGAGAGGGAUAUUGUACUUAGAAACUGAGUGCAGUAUGAGCUGUCUACUCAGACAGUGACUGUGUUAACUGACACUCCUAAUUCCAUCCCAUCAAGACAGGAAUGUUUGUAAUUUUCUAAAGAUAGUCAUGAACUUUUGGCAACAUUUCAAACAUAUGUAUGUAUCACCAUUGUGCUUGUAGACUUUUGGGUGCUAAUGACAUAUAGUUAGCAGUUCACUUGUUAUCAGUAAUCUCAGAAGAUGGGAAGACAGUGUUUAACAACAAAUUGUAACCCAAUUUUUUUAUUGGAAAAAUAUAAGAAAUUGCAUCAUUUUAUCUGAAUGGCUGUGAGAGGGACCAAGAUGUGGGCAUGAUGACUAGGAAAGAUUUUAGCAGUGAACAAGAAGUGUAGCAUAAUGGAGUACUUUUAUGAAAUUAUCACUCAUUCCUGUUAUGGGUAUAUAAGCUAAAGGAAAGGUACCAAGGUUCUUAAAGCAUGUGAGCCACUGGGAUUAGGCUGUUUGAUGUUCCUUCUCUCUAAUUGUUGUUUUUCUUAAACAAAAUUAUUCUCCCUUAUGUUCAGUACCAGAUGGUGUUAAUAAUUCAAAAUCAAGUAUGUAGUGCAGAAUAAAUGUUCUUUCUCAGUU